AUGGAUGACUUAAUCGUUAAUAUAAUUGAAACAAUAGUUGAAUCAGGAAACAGGGGCAAAGAAUUAAUGAUUGAUUCAUUUGUUCUAGGGGUUGCAUGGGGUAGAAAGUAUUAUGUUUUAAAUAAUUAGAAUUCUAAUUACAGAAUAAGAUAUUAAAAAGGCGGUCAAUUAUUUAUAUGAUGUAAAUAAAUAAUUAGAGGAAUCAUAACAAUCUCCCUUUCAAAAAUUAGAACUCUUUAAUAAAUUUCUAAUUGAUGAUGUAAAAAAAUUAACAUAAAAUUUUUAGAAUUAUAAUAUCUUUACAUAGAAAUAAGAAGAUUUAAGAAAAAAUAUUGAGAAUUAAUAGAACAAAAAAUAAGAAGACUUAGUCUAAAUGGUUUGUUAUUAGAAAAAGAAGAAUAGAAUUAUUAAUUAGAAAAUUUGUAGCAUUUGUGAUUUUUACAUAAAUGAUUUAGAUGAAGAAAAAUGCUAAAUCUAAUAAUGUGGACAUUAAUUUCACAAUUUAUGUCUUUAUUUUAAAAUUGAUUAACAAGGUUUGACUAAUUGUCCUACUUGUAAAUGCUAACUCAAUUCAAAUCUAAAAGAAUAAAUUUUUUAAAAAAUCUCUAAAUCAUUUAAGUCAUGUUGUCCUAAUCCAACUUGCGAUAUAGAAUUUAUUUAUUUUGGAUAGCCAAUAUUUUAUUGUUCAAAAUGUAAUAUUUAAUGUUGUUUGAAUUGUAAAUCUCUUGCCUCUCAUGAGACAUGUACACUUUAAUUAGAUCACUUUGAAAUGGGAUUAGGAAUAAGAUUUAAAAUUUGCUUUUAUUGUUUUAAUCCUAUUUUCUAAAAUUUUUAAGAUAUAAAUUCUCAUAAUUGUUAGAAUUUUUAAGAUUAAAUAGAGAUGAAUAGAAAAAUAUAUUAAUUUUGA